AACUUUGACCUACUUUUUCAAUUUUGAGGUGGAGCUCUAUGAUUUUCACCAUAUUGAUACCUAAUCAGCUGUUCCUUAUCAAACUUUCAUAAGACUGUCAAAUCUGAAAUCAAUGUCACCUCAAAUGACUUCAUUUGUAUAAUAAUAAUCUAGUCUUUGUUCUCAAACCGUAACCACUUCAAUUGUAACAGUUCGUAAUAUGUCCGCGAAAGAUGAAGAAAAUUUAACGACUGAUGCAUUUGCAAGUCCCCCUCGUGAUGAUAUCAAUAAUGAAACAAAUACAGAAUCGCAAAACGAAAAUAAUGACACAAAUGAUAAAAGGAGACAUUCUGAUGGCAAUAGUAACAGCUCAUCAAGGCACAAAGGAGAUUCUGAAAGCGAGGAUAGUGAUCCCUCAAAUUCCAGGAAAUGCUGUAAUAAUGGAAGAAGAUUUAGCAGUAAAUCUCACGAAGGAUAUCAUGGACCUAACGCUUAUGCCAGUGUUAUCAACAUAAGCAAUGCAACUGGGAUACAAAUUGGUUCAAACUACACAUAUCAUAUCAAUUCUCCCAAAGAUACAAAACUAAAACCUUCCAAAAAAAAUAAGGAUAUACCCAAGACUGAAAAAAUAAUGUCAUUGAUGAGUUCUGAAGAAAGAGUGAAAGAAAAAGAUAUACAGUUCUUAUCUGCUCAUAUUGAUGCAACUUGGAUGGAGACUGCUAGAAAAUUAGACUAUUCUGAAGGACAAAUCAGCCAAUUUCACUGUGAUUUUAUUAACAAUGGAUUAAGAGAGGUUAUAUAUCAGUUUUUGUUAGAUUGGAUAAGAAAUAAUGGUAAAAAUGCCACCACCAAAAUAUUAGCUGAAGCAUUAUGGAAUUCUGAACAAAAAGAAAGUGUUUUAAGAUGGUCACAAAAUAAAUGAAUCCAUUCUAAUUUUAUCAAAUAUCAUUUGUAUGAUGAACAAAGUUAUGUUCAAAAAUUAAUAAAAAGUCUUCCAAUUUAAAAACAGAUUCUGAGCUAAGAACAAAUUUUUAUUGCUGUUAUUAUGAAUGUACAUAAAAAAAUAAAUACAUUGAAAGUU